AGGAAUAUUGUUUGCAAGGCACAAGGUGUCUUUUGGUAGUGAGCACCCUCUGCGCAUGCGCAGGUCCAUUCGGGGGAAUUACUGCCCUGCCGCCGACUAAGUUGCAUUCCUUGAAUCUUCGCCGAAAAGACCAUUCUUCAAUCAGAGUUAGUAAUGUGGAGAGUACAAAAUCGAGAGAGUUUGGGGCUUCUCUCUUUCCCUGUGAUGAUUGCCAUGGUCUGUUGUGCACACAGCACCAACGAGCCCAGUAACAUGUCAUACGUGAAAGAGACAGUGGACAGAUUGCUCAAAGGAUAUGACAUUCGCUUGCGGCCGGACUUUGGAGGGCCCCCCGUGGACGUCGGGAUGAGGAUCGAUGUCGCCAGCAUAGACAUGGUCUCCGAAGUGAACAUGGAUUAUACACUCACCAUGUAUUUCCAGCAGUCUUGGAAAGACAAAAGGCUUUCUUAUUCUGGAAUCCCACUGAACCUCACGCUAGACAACAGGGUAGCUGACCAACUCUGGGUGCCCGAUACCUACUUCCUGAAUGACAAGAAAUCCUUCGUGCACGGGGUGACGGUGAAAAACCGAAUGAUCCGGCUGCAUCCUGAUGGGACAGUUCUCUACGGGCUCCGCAUCACAACCACAGCUGCUUGUAUGAUGGACCUGAGAAGAUACCCUCUGGAUGAACAAAACUGCACCCUGGAGAUUGAAAGCUAUGGUUAUACCACGGAUGACAUUGAGUUUUACUGGAAUGGUGGAGAGGGAGCAGUAACGGGAGUCAAUAAAAUUGAGCUUCCUCAGUUUUCAAUUGUCGACUACAAGAUGGUGUCCAAGAAGGUGGAGUUCACAACUGGGUCAUAUCCACGACUGUCACUGAGCUUUCGUCUAAAGAGAAACAUCGGUUACUUCAUUUUGCAGACCUACAUGCCUUCCACACUGAUUACAAUUCUGUCCUGGGUGUCUUUUUGGAUCAACUAUGAUGCUUCUGCAGCCAGAGUCGCACUAGGAAUCACCACAGUGCUGACAAUGACAACCAUCAGCACGCACCUCAGGGAGACCCUGCCAAAGAUCCCUUAUGUCAAAGCGAUUGAUAUUUACCUGAUGGGUUGCUUUGUGUUUGUGUUCCUGGCUCUGCUGGAAUAUGCCUUUGUGAAUUACAUCUUCUUUGGAAAGGGCCCCCAGAAAAAGGGAGCUGGCAAACAGAACCAGAGUGCCAACGAGAAGAACAAACUGGAGAUGAAUAAAGUCCAGGUCGACGCCCACGGCAACAUUCUCCUCAGCACCCUGGAAAUCAGGAACGAGACGAGCGGCUCGGAAGUGCUCACGGGCGUGAGCGACCCCAAGACCACCAUGUACUCGUAUGACAGCGCCAGCAUCCAGUACCGCAAGCCCAUGAGCAGCCGCGAGGCCUACGGGCGCGCGCUCGAGCGGCACGGCGCGCACAACAAGGGGCGCAUCCGCCGGCGCGCCUCGCAGCUCAAGGUCAAGAUCCCCGACUUGACUGAUGUGAAUUCCAUAGACAAGUGGUCCCGAAUGUUUUUCCCCAUCACCUUUUCUCUUUUCAACGUCGUUUAUUGGCUUUACUAUGUACACUAAGGUCUGUCCGAAUGGUUUAGAAACGACUACUUUCCUCUUCUCUUGACUUUUAACCCCACAGGUCCCCAGCAGCGAUACUGCUGUGCUUUUUGAGGUAAGAGAUUCAGCCAUCUAAUCGGUUUUAGGUCUUGCAUAUCAGUUUUAUUACCGCACCAUGUUUACUUCAAAAAAAACUAUUUUUUUCCCAGUCUACAGUGGUCCAGGUUAUCAGCUCUUUCAGAGCUCUAUUAAUUGCCAUGUUUACAAACACACACACACACACACACACACACACAGAAGUUAGAUAGGUAGCUCUUGAGCAGUGCUCCCUAGUUGCCCCAGAUUGUAUUAAUUUUGUUGUUAAUAAAGAGUGAAAAGAGGACUUAGCGCUCUGUGCAAACCGCUUCCUGGUAAACUGUAACAAUCUCAUACUGCCAAAAAACAACUCAAUUUCCAGGAUCUCAGAAGGAAAAAAAAAAAGCCAUUGACAAGUUACAGAUUUCCAGGAAGAAAAGAAAAGAGAAAGGAGCCUAGAAGAGGAAGAAAGACUCCCCUCCACUCCCAAGUCCCUCCAGUUCUGGAAAGCAGAAGGGGUUCCAGCUCCGUGGAGGAGGAGGGAGGGAUUGGCAAGGGCUGGUGGAGGUUAUGCAAACCCAAUCUGCCAGCCUCACCUCUCCAUUAAACCGAAUAUUUGGAAGAAUACUUCUUUCUCAGAAUUCCAGGCUGAUUCAAAGUUCACGUUAAAAUCCAACCCGAUAACCAUGGAGGACAUUUUUCUUUUCUUCUUGAGGAUAAGAGUAUGGGGAUUGAUGACUUUUUUUUCUUUGAACUAUUUCAAACAAGCAGCCCCAAUCUCAUUCAUUAGCCUGGAAUCACUUGACACUGUGCCAUGAAACAAUGUCCUCAUGUUUCCCUCGUUCCUGCUCUAGAGAGUGUAAGAGGAAGGGGGAUAGGAGGAGAGGGCUUCAAAGAUGGGGAUCAUGAGCAGUUUUUGCUUGAGAAAAAUAUUGCCCUUUCCAGGAGGAAGGCAAGACUUACGUGCUGUGAAAAGGGUGCCUGGGCAGUUACUUGAACUGCCAAAUCUUCAAUCAAAUAGUAUAUAUUUCUUAGCCUUCCAGGGAGCAGUGUCUAAAGGUGAUCGGCUAGCUGGCCGGGUCUCAGCUAGCACCUUAGGACUCUGCUCUCUGAGCUCUGCAUUCCACACUAUGAAGUGGUUGUUUCAGGAAAUGCACUCACACCGGUUUUGGUGUCAUACUUCUCUGAGGCCAGAUCUUUAUUUUAAAGGAAAUCUGAAAACAGCAAAGCCAGAGGUAACAGCCACUAUGACAAACUCACUGGGCCUUUAAACAUUCACACCAGCCCCUAAAGUAAAGACCCUGUCUACACUCAUGAAUCACCAUCAUUGUUGCGCUGCCUUAUCUCUGUCCACAGAUCACUUUGGUCAUCGUCAGAGAAGGGCCAUCUCUCAGUUGCCCAAAACACAAUUCUAAAUAUGUCUAACCAGCUGCAGAUGAGAUCCGUCCCAUUUUAUGUCAUUAAAGCCCCAUUGCUUUGUUUGUGUGUUUGCUUUAGCUUGAGCGUUAAAGAAUUCUACAUGUUCAUUUGCAAAGUUGAGUGAAACCCUAAGUUGACCAACCAGUUAUGGAGGCAAGUGGGACCUACUUCUUGGAUAUAAAAUAGGGUUGAGGUAAUAAUAGGGAUGCUCUGGCUUUCUCCCUAAGGCUAUGAUCAAGGUCCAUGUUUACAAUCACAUCAGCUACUAGAAAUUGUAGCUUUAAUUGAAAGAUAAGGCUGAAUUCCUACUGAUGAGGCCAAGUAGAGAGAAAGUGAUAAGAUAUUCUUUUAGAAAGCAAGAGAAGAAGAUUAUCCCAGAAUAUAAUGAAUGGUUAAGGCUAACAGAUAAUACAUAUUAGUAAAAAUAUAAAAACUCUGCUUUACCUAGGAAAACUAUCUCAAUGUUUUCAUAAGAGAUUAGUAGAAAUGAUUUAAUAAGAAAAACCUAAUUCUCAUUUAGGUUUUGAUUGCACGAUCACAGUUCCCUGGUUGAGGAAAUCUUUAGCUCCUGGGGAUGAAGCAAUCCAUUUUGAAACUGAGUAGUUCCUUGGCAGGGUGAGUCACUGUGCCCUUGUAAAAUGCCCAAAUGGGGUGGAAAGUGAGCAUACCAGUGUUCCCAACGACCACCCUGGAACCACUGUGUAGCCAUCUAUUUUCAACACAGAAAGGGAGACGUUUGGCUAAUGCUUAACAGAAAUGAAUCAUUCUGAUGUCAAAACACUUUAAAAAGCUUUUAAGGAUGAAAUGCUACAUCAGAUAGAAAGUAUCUGUACUCUGUGUUCCUUAACAAAACAUUUUUCUUUAUUUAUCUAUUUAGAUCAUUCUUCUUGGAAAAGAUUGAGGUAAUUCAAAUUUUCUUAUUAUUUUUAUCUUGCCUUAAAAGUCUAAAGAAUUUUAUGCUUGUAAUUUAGAUGUAUCUUGAAGGGAGAAAGAGGACAUUUGGAAUUCUUCUAUCUUAACCUUUGUAAAAUGUAAAACUUAUAAGCCUGAGUAUUCCACCAGGCACAAAAUGGUGUCACUGUAUGCCCUCCUGGACGGUACAGGGGUGACAACCACCACCCUGCAAUCCUGUUAAAUAGCUCUGAGUUCAGAGGUGAUGGCAGCCAGAAAGACUGAGAAGCCACCAUAUUUCUGGUGAAGUGCUCCCUAAUCCCCACUUCUUUCUUCUGGAUGCCUCCUAAGCAAAUUCUCCCCGCCUUGGACCCCACCCACUUUUCUUCCAGGCUGAAAAAUGAAUGGGAAAAAAGCCCUUCCUCUCUGCCUCUCUCCCUUGUUUUAUCCGAAAUGAUGUACAUAAAACAUGAAAGCUGUUAGACAUUCUUAAGCACCCUUGAACCAGCCCUUAUUCCUGGAAGAUUCAGAUCAAGACGUAAUAGAGAUUUACUGUUUAACUAUUUGGUUAUUUUCUUUCUGCCAUGAAAAUAGCCAUAAUCUCCUUCAUCACUGAAGUGGCAGCAGAGGCUGACAACUGCAUGGACUCUCUUAUGCUAUAGGCACGUCCAGGGGACUCCAAGUUCACAGUUCUGAAACUGUGACAUAUCCUGUGUCAUGAACUUAUCCUGUGAGAUCCAACGUAAACCCCAUCUUUCACUUGACAGCGAUGACUACACACUCAUUUCUCCCACUCAUGUUCUUUGGCUUAAACUAUCAGGGGUGAUGUGUGUGUUACACUUAUCAGCUUUGUAAAGCAAAGACCCAGGUAAAGACAUUUUUUUGGCUUGAAUUACCCAAGAUUAUUGCCUCCAUCCUCUAUAUUGCCAAAUAGAAACAGCAGACUGGUUGGUAAUUCUGCUGACUAAGUGUUAUGUGUUUUCAUACAUACCAUCUUUAUUGUGUAUUACAAUCAAUGAAGGAUCUUGAAAGUGCCAAGAGAAAAACGUGGUGCAGAGAAUAAAGCUUGGUUUACGGAUCCAA